AUGAAACUCUCACUCCUUACCGUGAUCGUGGCCGCCGCCUCUGCCGCUCAAGGCGCCAUUACCUGGAGCCUCGAGAAGGUCGCAAACCCUACAGCCGAUCAAAAAGAUGCGUACACCAAAAUCGAAGCUGCCAUGACGCUUGCUGCAGCAAGACAUGCCAAGCUGGGAACGGCCAAAAAGACAGUCCGCGUCUACUACACGCCCGGCGUGCCUACGGCCGAGGCUAGCUACAACGGCGACCUCCGCUUCGGGUCCAACCGUUCAUUCAUGAACGAGCGGACGGCGCUCCACGAGAUCGCACAUACGCUCGGUGUUGGCCAGACAUCCUCCUUCAACUCUAAAUGCUCUUCUGGCGACUGGCCGAAGGCUCUCCCCCUGCUCCGCUCAUUUGACGGAGGGAACGCCAAGAUCAACUGCGGCGGGGGUCAUUUCUGGCCUUACGGACUCAAUUACGACAACGAGUGGAGCGAAACGAACGCAAACCGUCACGUACAGAUGAUCAACGCUAUGCUCGCUGAUGGUAUGUGA